AGGUGACUGCACGAUCUUGGAUCAACUUGGAAGAUGAAUUUCACCAUUUUAUUGUUUGUGUCGAUGUUCUGCGGCUUGAUUUUGGCCCAGGAUGAUGCUCCUGAUGCUACUGGAACAGAAGAAACUGUAGAAACCAAGUCCUGUUAUCCUGACAUGUGUGAUCUCCUGACAGAGUUUGGUGCCAUGAGAGAAAAACUCACAUCUGUGGAAACCAGACUGAAGGAGAGUGUAAACCAGAUUCUGGAACUGAAAAACAAAGAAAGGACCAAGGUGAUAUUCAGUACAGCAAUAGGACAAGGUGACAAACCCAUUGGACCCUUCAACACAGACACAACUUUAAUCUACAGAAGAGUGAUAACAAACAUCGGUGGUGCCUACAGUCCAUCCACAGGUAUCUUCACUGCACCUGUUGCAGGUGUUUAUUAUUUUACAAUCUUCUAUCAUGCUGGAGGAGAUUACGAGGGAAAACUGUUGCUGUUCAAGAACAGUGAAUUGGUGGUCAUGACCCAUGAUCACCGCUCAGGCUCAGACGGAGCUGAUAACGGAGGAAAUGCAGCAUUCCUGCAGCUGCAGCCAAGAGACCAGGUGUAUGUGCGUAUGGCUGCAAACUCACAUGUUUGGGGAACCGACCACCAUACAACCUUCAGUGGUUUUCUGGUCACUCAAAUGUGAGAAUCGAUGUAUAUAUUGUGAAUCUAUUCAUUUCUGUGUGAAGAUGGAUGUAAAAAUCUGAUAUCAUUAUUCAGUGCCAUUGUAUUUUUAAAAUAUGAUGAAACAGAAGGCUUUUGCUGAUCAAAUAAAGUCUGA